UAACCCAACCUAUUUCGCAGCGUCUCUUUAUCAAUUUUAUAUUUUUCUUCCCUGAAAGUUUGAAUCAUCGACUGAGGUUGCGGCAAUGGCGACCGGCGUGUGGAGAAGAGCUAUAGCUAGGGUUUCAUCUACACCUGCUUCAAAGUUCGUUCCUUUCCGAGCUUUAGCUUCGGAGGCCGAGGCCCAGCAAGUGGACCCCAAAGCUAACCUGAAAACCUUCUCAAUCUAUAGAUGGAAUCCCGAUAAGCCCGCGAAGCCGGAGCUUCAGGAAUAUAAGAUCGACCUCAAGGAGUGUGGACCCAUGGUACUCGACGCUCUGAUCAAGAUCAAGAACGAGAUCGAUCCCUCGCUGACGUUCCGGCGAUCAUGCAGGGAAGGGAUUUGUGGGUCUUGCGCGAUGAACAUCGAUGGUUGUAAUGGGUUGGCUUGCCUGACUAAGAUCCCAUCUGGGACGUCUUCGAUGAUCACGCCUUUGCCGCAUAUGUUUGUGAUAAAGGAUUUGGUUGUGGAUAUGACCAAUUUCUAUAACCAGUAUAAGAGCAUUGAGCCGUGGCUGAAGCGGAAAACCCCAGCUUCUGUUCCGGCGAAGGAGAUUCUGCAAACCAAGAAGGAUAGAGCUAAGCUUGAUGGGAUGUACGAGUGCAUUCUCUGCGCCUGCUGCAGUACAUCCUGCCCCAGUUACUGGUGGAAUCCCGAGAAGUAUUUGGGACCCGCUGCUCUGCUCCAUGCCAACAGGUGGAUUAUGGACAGCCGUGAUGAAUACAAAGAGGAGCGAUUGGCAUCAGUAAAUGAUGAGUUCAAGCUCUACCGAUGCCAUACCAUUUUGAAUUGUGCCCGAGCCUGUCCCAAGGGCUUGAACCCCGGAAAGCAGAUUCAAAAUAUUAAGAAGCUUCAGCCUAGUUUAUAAUUUGUGAAGCUUGAUAAACGUGCACAUUAAUGGAUUAAGCUGGAAUGUUUUAUUGAGGAUUUGUCAAAUGUGUUUGAGCUAAUAAUACAAAGCAGCUAUUGUACUUUCCAUCCUUUAGUACUAAAGGAAGCAUUCAAGCAUGAUGUUAUCUUUGUUUUUAAAUAAGUGAUAAUAGAAGAACUGUGGUUUCUUAUGCCUCA